GGGAAGAUGGCGCCCUUGGGGCUGAAGGCGGUGGUGGGGGAAAAAAUUCUAAGUGGAGUCAUCCGGAGCGUUAAGAAGGAUGGCGAGUGGAAGGUACUCAUCAUGGAUCAUCCGAGCAUGCGAAUCUUGUCAUCCUGUUGUAAAAUGUCAGAUAUCUUGGCGGAGGGCAUCACCAUUGUGGAAGACAUCAACAAACGGAGAGAACCCAUUCCCAGCUUGGAGGCAAUUUAUUUGCUGAGUCCCACAGAGAAGUCGGUUCAGGCUCUGAUUGCGGACUUCCAGGGGACACCAACCUUCACCUACAAAGCAGCCCAUAUCUUCUUCACGGACACGUGCCCCGAGCCCUUGUUCAGUGAACUGGGCCGCUCUCGCCUGGCGAAGGUGGUGAAGACACUGAAAGAGAUCCACCUCGCCUUCCUCCCCUAUGAGGCCCAGGUGUUCUCUCUGGAUGCCCCGCACAGCACCUAUAACCUUUAUUGCCCAUUUCGGGCAGGGGAGCGGGGGCGGCAGCUCGAUGUGCUGGCCCAGCAGAUAGCCACACUGUGUGCCACUCUUCAGGAAUACCCAUCCAUUCGCUACCGCAAGGGCCCAGAAGACACAGCCCAGCUGGCCCAUGCUGUCCUGGCCAAGCUGAACGCCUUCAAGGCAGACACUCCCAGUCUGGGCGAGGGCCCAGAGAAAACACGCUCACAGUUGCUCAUAAUGGACCGGGCAGCAGACCCCGUGUCCCCGCUAUUACAUGAACUCACAUUCCAAGCCAUGGCCUAUGAUCUUCUGCACAUCGAGCAGGACACAUACAGGUAUGAGACCACAGGACUGAGCGAGUCCCGGGAGAAGGCUGUGCUCCUGGAUGAAGACGAUGACCUGUGGGUGGAACUCCGGCACAUGCACAUAGCGGAUGUGUCCAAGAAGGUCACGGAGCUCCUGAAGACAUUCUGUGAGAGCAAGCGGCUGACCACAGACAAGGCCAACAUCAAAGACCUGUCCCACAUCCUGAAAAAGAUGCCACAGUAUCAGAAGGAGUUGAACAAGUACUCCACGCACCUGCACUUGGCAGAUGACUGCAUGAAGCACUUCAAGGGCUCGGUGGAGAAGCUGUGCGGUGUGGAGCAGGACCUGGCCAUGGGCUCUGAUGCAGAGGGUGAGAAGAUCAAGGACACCAUGAAACUGAUUGUCCCGGUGCUGUUGGAUGCCUCCGUGCCACCCUAUGACAAGAUCCGGGUUCUGCUGCUCUACAUCCUUCUGCGGAACGGUGUGAGUGAGGAAAAUCUGGCCAAGCUGAUCCAGCAUGCUAAUGUGCAGUCCUACAGCAACCUCAUCCGGAACCUGGAGCAGCUGGGGGGCACUGUCACCAACUCUGCGGGCUCAGGGACCUCUAGCCGGCUGGAGCGGAGAGAACGCAUGGAGCCCACCUACCAGCUGUCUCGCUGGUCCCCAGUCAUCAAGGACGUGAUGGAGGAUGUGGUGGAGGACCGGCUAGACCGAAAGCUGUGGCCCUUCGUGUCUGACCCUGCCCCUGUGUCUAGCUCCCAAGCAGCUGUCAGCAGUGCUCGCUUUGGCCACUGGCAUAAAAACAAAGCUGGUAUAGAGGCUCGGGCUGGACCCAGGCUCAUCGUGUACAUUGUGGGUGGUGUCGCCAUGUCUGAAAUGAGGGCUGCUUAUGAGGUGACCAGGGCCACUGAAGGCAAGUGGGAGGUACUUAUAGGCUCUUCCCACAUCCUCACUCCAACCCGCUUCCUCGAUGACCUCAGGACCCUGGAUCAGAAGCUGGAGGACAUAGCCCUGCCCUGACUCAGCUGCUUGCUCUGCCCUCUCCUCCUGUUCCAGAGAAAUAAACUCUUCCCUUCAUCUUUCCAUCAGGGCUCACCUCACUUUCUUCCCAGAGAGAGCUGUAUAAACCAGACCCAUGCUGCCGGCCUCCCCUUAUGUUACUGUUCUGCCUGAACCUUCCCUUGGCCCCCAGAAGCAGCUUUAGCUUCCAUGAACGUUGGGAACCUGGGCUCUGGCUCUCUGGCUGGGUCCCUCCAUCCAAACCCUGAUCUUAGCAGACAAACUGCAGAGGAGACAGAGAGCUGCCAAUCAGGGAAUGGCAGGGCUGCAACCCCAUUGUCACUAGAA